UAUCCAGUGUCCGCCAUCUUCUUGCCACGCGUACCAGCUCAUCUUUAUAUUUACUCGCAUUCAUCCAUCCAACAUAAUGAUCUCCACCAUGUUCAACGGAGGUGCUCGCCUCACUAUCAUUGGAUAUCUCUAUGUCGCGAAUUACAAGGAAGUUGUUUUGGACUCCACCGUCCAGCUUAUACGCGACGCGGAGAACGUCUCCGAUCUCGCCGGCAUUGCACUAAAUUUCUGUGUUUCUCCUGCAAUUCUCAUCUUAGCCUCCAACAAAGCCGCCCGCAUAUUUCUCACUACGUUCAACCCAAGUCCACCAUUCGCCGGCGACAUCUUUACUCCACCCAAUGCAUCAUCCUCGCAAAAUGUGCCCGCAACCGAAGCCUCGCCAAUCACUGCAUACUCGCCUACACCCUACUCUCUAUGGCUACAUUCAACACCAAUCCCAAGGCCAAAACGCUGCUCGCUCGAUUCCGACACCACUGUCGUAUCCCACGACGACGACUUCGACAAGGACACUCCCGUCUCCGACCAUGACUCAGACACCGACUCGGGAGAUCGUAAAUGUGAUGGUGACGGAAGCACUGUCUGUAAGGACGAACUUUCAAGCAACCCGACCCCAGGGACGACGACUCCUACCCCCGGCGACUCAGAUUGUCCCUCUCCGCAACCGCUGCCGCUGAUUUUACUAGUCGACAACUUACACCAGACGCCAUCUGCCAAUCCUGACCUUGCCGCUCCUCCUGGAUCCGCCAGCUCCAUCGAAGCAUUGCCUCGGACGACGAAACCGCGUCUAAAGCCUCCAGGUACGAAGCGCGUUACCGACGGACUCCUACCUCACCCUACUACGGCGCUUCGACAUCAAAGGUCGCACCUCAGUAAACAGAAGUACGCUGCUCGUCUGAUUGCCGCGCGUGACAGCAUCGCGCGCUCACAUCUCAAGCAAGACAAUAUAAUGAUUAGUCACCUCGAACAAGUCUACGACGAGAUUCUCGUCGACCAGGCAGCUCUCGUCGACGGCUGGGCCACUGCCAUGGCUGAACUGGGACUGACAUCAAUGCUGUCACCACUGUCGCUUCCGAACACGCCCAUUCCAGGACUCUCUCCUACAUAGCACUCUUCUUCAUAGCACUCUUCUUCAAGAUGGACCAUCACGCUAAUCAAUAACGACCGGCACAUUUCUACGCGCCUACCAUUUCUGCGGUCCGAGGUCCCCUACGACCGAAUCCGACGCACACAACGUAACGGCCUCCUUCGUCCCUACCAUUUCUGCGGUUAGAGGUCCCCUACGACCGAAUCCGACGCACACACAACGUAACGGCCUCCUUCGUCCCCUACGACCUGGAUUUCCACUAUCCAAGAAGUUGAAGGCCACCGCCCGCGGUCCCGCACACACAUCUACCCCCAAGUCUCUUCUAUCUCCUUGCAUGUAAAGGUCUUGAUUUGUUUCUUUUUCCU